GAGGGAAACAUUACCAUCCGACCUGCGCUCGAUGCUCCCGCUGUAACAUGAUGUUCAAAGAGGGAGAGGAAAUGUACCUGACAGGAUGUGAGGUGUGGCACCCAUUAUGCAAGCAGGCGGCGAGGGCAGAGAGGAGACUCAGGCACAGACGCCUGUCAGAGGCCUCCAUCUCUCCACCAGGCUCCUCCAUAGGCUCUCCCAGUAGGGUUAUAUGUGCCAGAGUGAAGGAUGACUUCCUAGAUUAUAAGGACCUAGCUGCCCUGCCAAAGGUCAAGGCCAUAUACGAGGUCCAGCAGCCAGACCUCAUAUCCUCCUCAUACCAGCCCUACCACAGAUACACCUCUGAUGACAGGCUAGACACUUACAACUAUGGGGAGUCACUUGGGACACUCUCUCCUUAUUCUCAGGACUUUGACAGCCUGGAUAUGAAGCAGAGGAGGUGCUCCAGUCCAGGUUAUAUUGACUCACCGACGUAUAGUCGUCAAGGCAUGUCACCCAUCAUGCCUCGCUCUCCACAGCACUAUGGUUACCCUGGCUCUGAGAGUGGCAGGAGUUCACCUUAUUAUGGCCAAGAGGGGCGUUCAAGCACACCCACCACAAUCCAGCCCCCUAAACAUUUUCAUGUACCAGCCACAGGGGACCCCAACAUCUACAGGAAGCCUCCCAUCUAUACGAGAUCGGACAAUCAUGUGGAUGUAGCCACCAAAAGCAGGACCAGCGAGGACAUCCUCAGAUCCUCCAGACUGUCCACCUACUCACCUGAGCCAUAUACCCAGUCAGAGUCUGACUACUACCCAUACACCAGCUCCCCCAAGGCCUAUCGGAUGCCGAGAAGACGCUUCUCAACAGGAGGAGAUGAAGAGAGUUGGAGUCACAGUCUUCAAAGAAUUGGGAGUGGCAUUGGGAGGAUGAUCCUAAAGGAGGAGAUGAAAGCCAGAUCUGGUUCCUAUGACAACGACCCCUGGGGCAGUGCGAGGAAUUCUCGUAGUGGGAGCAAGGAAACACUCAACACUACAGGCUACGGCACCACGGUGUACAACAACACUGUCAACGGAUCUCCCAGAUCUCAGUACAGCGCAGAUAGUGAUUUUGUUUGUAAGUCCGCCUCGCUACCAGGAUAUGGACGCAACGGCAUCCAGAGGCCUCAGAGUGCAGAUUGCUACCAGUACCAGUAUGACAGUGGCAGCGAGGUCAACUGGGGAAGCAAAGCAGAAUACAAGAUUUACCCCUAUGAAGCGCUCAUUGUCACCACCAGAGGUCGCAAUAGGCUGCCCAAAGAUGUAGACAGAGCCAGGCUGGAGCGUCACCUUUCCCCAGAGGAGUUUACCCAAGUGUUUGGCAUGACCAUGGAAGAUUUUGACCGGCUGGCUCUGUGGAAGAGAAAUGAGCUCAAGAAACAGGCCCGACUUUUUUAAUAACAUAUGGACAUCCUUUGAUACUGGCAUAAAUAGAGUGAGAUACUGGCUGUAGAAGGGGAAAGAAAGAGAUAGGAAGACUUCUACUCAGUUUCACUGCCAUGGCUGAGAACCUGUUCUAGAUCUCCUCAUAUGACAAAAAAAAUUCUGGUCACACCAGUGUGGACUGAGAUACUGAGGGAAGGCCACAGAAACAUUAUGCACAGUUGGACUAUUAAAACUGUUACAUGGUUGCCAGUGCAACUGUGGCGUUAUGCUGGAGUGGUGUUUAAGCAAUAGAGACUAUAGUACAAUAGUGUUGUGCUUUUCUUAAGCCUGAAGGAUGGAGGACGGUGUUACUGUGCCCCUAUAAGGCCACUUGUGGGGAUGUCUGUGACCAGAGCUGCAGUACUAAAACAUAAAGAGGAGAAUUUUGGCUUUGCCUUAUUUGUUAUGCUCUAUUAGUUAUGAGUGUGCAGCACCAGCAAUCUGAAUGAGUAGAAUGUAGAUACAGUAUAUUAUUUCUGACACUUUAUCAGUUUGAAUGAUUAGAUGAGGAGAAUGAGUGAGUAAGCAUACAGCAUCACCUAGCUUUGGGUUAUAAUAGGGAUGCAUUUUGUUCACCCGUUUCCCUGCGUUUGCUCUUUCACAUUUAAAUGCUGUGUCCCUCUGGUUUACACUAAUUGAUAUAGAAUGAGACAAGAAACAAUCUGAGCUGGACGCAGCUUUUCAAGUCAAUUGAUGUGUGAGAAAAUGAAAACCAAAGUGAGAAUGCAAAUAUACAGAUUAGCAGAUCACUUUCAUUUAAUGUUCUGGUUAAAUAGUUCAAGGUCACUGUGCAGCUGUAUGGUAACCUAAAAGAAUGUGCAAUCCAGUAGAUUAAAUACAUAAGUAAACACAAAUUCAGUCCUCCUGCUCCAUGUUUUCCAGCUCAUUGCAAUAGAAUAAUGACUAAAUGUUUUAGAAUGAGGACUGUAGUAGUCCAUACAUUCACAUUCACUGUUAUUUAUAUUACUUUUAGAAUGAUAAUCCAAUAAUUUUGUAGCUACAGAGAUUAUAUUCAUUCACAAUGAAAUGCUCUGCAAGGUAUUUAACACACUGACAAAGAUCCAGGGUUGUUGAAGACUUUACUUCCUUUGAAUACUGUUAUUUUUGAUUUUGUCACUGAAAAUUAAACUUUAAUCAAA